AUGAGAGGUAUUAACACUCAAAAGAUUAUUUAUUAUGAAGAAAAAAUCUAUCGAUAUGAAUUUCAAACACAAAAUUGUUAUAAAUUGAAAAAAAGCUUAAAAGCUCCAAAAUGCAAAGGCCAAUGCACAAUGCAAUUAAUUAAUAAUUACUUGUAUUUGUUUGGGAAUACUAAUGAAGGAGCAAUGCUUUAUAGGUUGAAUUUAGGAAAAGGCUGGGUUUGGGUGCCUGGAGACACGAUGCCAGACUAUUCAGUAAGCUUUAUUUAGAAUUUCUUUAAUCAUCAGCCUACUUCAGACUUAUUAGUAAAAGUUGGUGAUCAAAAAAUUUAUGCCCAUAAACAAGUUAUGUGUAGGUUUUCAAGCUUGCUAAGAAGACAACUGACUCCUGGGAUUCGGACAAUUUCUAUUAGUGAAUUUCCUUUUAUAGUAAUUAACAUGCUUGUGGAGCAACUAUACCAAGAUUGCCAAUUAGAACUGCCUAGAGAAUUAUCACAUUUUUUGCAACUUUACAGAGCAGCACAUUGGUUAGGCGUUGAAGAAAUCGUGAUGAGGUGCCAAAGUGCGUUAAAUGUAAGUCCAGCUAACUUAAGAGCUGUUAUUGAUUUAGUUGGUGACAUCCAUUCAGCAAGACAAAAGUGUUUGGAUUAUGUAAAAACACAUUUAAAGGAAUCUGCUAUGCUCCUUGCUCCUGACUCCCUGGUACCUGGCUGGCUCUACAUAA